CACAUUUCGCCUAACAUGGUUUUGCCUGCACGAUAGAAUUCCAGUGGGGGUGCUAGAUAUGUGCCGUUUUGGGGAACGACCACUGCCGUGCGUACGCGUGCAAAGAAUAUGCGCCUACCAGGAGCAGAGGGCACGAUCCAGUGCGCAAUGCUUUGUUGCCUGAAUGAAUAGUGGGUUGUUCCAAAAGGUUCAAUGCUCCAGAUCUGCAGUGCUCCGGGCUGAUUUGCAGAUCAAUGUGGAAAAUAGGUCUACCUCAUUCAGAGAUGGAGGUGUUGCCCGUGCAGAGGAAGUUUUUACAGCGGAAGGCAGCGGGUUGUGUAUUGUGAGCGGAAUGGGACCGAUUGUCAAUUCCCUCUGGCAGGGAUCGUUAGAUCUUCCAGCUUAGCGGAUUUCGAUGGCUACCUGAUCGGGUAUUUUUUAUUCCAUGCUAGCUCUUGGAGUUGCUGCUUAGGUUUGAAGGAAGUGAGUGAAGAUGGAGGACGAUUCUUUCCGGCGAGAUUUGCACGAGCAGUACUUUAAUUGGAUGCUGCUGGAGCUCCCCGGUGCUUACGAGAGUGAAGAAGUUAAUCGCUUGACUUUCGCCUACUUCGCCAUCUCUGCCCUGGACAUUCUUGAUUCUCUCGAUCACGUCUCGGUCGAAGAUACGAUCGCGUGGGUUUAUGGACUACAGGUACUGCCGCAGACCGAGGUUGGUGAAGGCAACAACGAGACAACAUAUGGAUUUCGUGGUUCUCCUUCAGUCGGGAUCAGCUUUCAAGGUCACGGCGCCCAUCCCACGGCACACGAUGGCGGUCACUUAGCUAUGACUUACUCGGCGCUGGCUGUCCUGGCAAUUUUGGGUGACGAUUAUUCCCGGGUUUCUCGAGAUGCGAUCGUGAGCUCUAUACGAAAACUCCAACAGUCAGAUGGGAGUUUCUCACCCUCGCUUAUAGAUAAGCAAAGCGACAUGCGCUUCCUUUUCUGUGCAGUCGCCAUUUCUGUUAUGCUCGAUGACUGGAACGGUGUCGAUCGAAACAAGGCAGUGAAUUUUAUCGUCAGGAGCCAGUCAUUUGAUGGCGGAUUUGGUCUGUCGCCAGGGUUGGAGGCUCAUGGAGGAGCCACUUACUGCGCUCUAGCUGCCUUGAGGCUGAUAACGCUGUAUGAUAGCAGCUGGCCAUCCUCUGCAACCUUGGCUUCUCUCAUCGAUGUCGACCGCGCGAUGAAGUGGUGUAUGAAUAGACAAGCUGAAGGCGGCGGCUUCCAAGGCAGGCCUAACAAGCCAGCUGACACUUGUUACGCCUUUUGGCUCGGUGGUUCUCUGAGAAUGUUUGAAAUUGACCAUCUUUGUAAUCACGAACAGCUCCGAAAGUUUUUAAUUUCAGCUCAGAGGAAGUGGGGCGGUUUUUCCAAGUUCCCACAGGAGGACUUGCCCGAUCUUUUGCAUUCAUAUUAUGGCAUUUGCGGUUUCAGUCUGCUGGGGGAGCCAGGUUUGAAACCUUUAGCUUUUGAACUGGGUAUCACCCAGAGAACUGCUAAUAGACUUCCAGGCUUCGGGCCGAAGCGCACUCAGAAGACGGCCUUUGAUUAGAUGAAUUUGAAGAUCGUAGUGAAGGAUAAACUUCCUCAGGUAAGUAGAGGUGAUUCUGAGUUGUACAUUGGUCUGCAAUCAGACUUAGUUUUAUCCAUAUAUACUGAUUUUUGAGGAUAAAGUAGGAAGCUGAAGAGGGCUUCACCCAAACCCUGUACUUUUGACUUCAUGACACGACGUUGGUAAACUAAUAUCUGCGUGACUGC